AUGCCCGAGAAUCGUCUUGGCGGCCGUGAUCGCAAGCGAAAACAUCCCUCUUCACCAAGCAACACUCUGCCGCGUACUUCUCCAUAUACUCCUAAUCGCCCUGCCGAUAAUUAUUCUCCGCGAAAUUCUGGAGGUGGAGUUGGUGGAAACCGUCCUGGUAGACGCGGCCGUCAGAGUUCGACAUCGCAACAAUCUCAACACCCGCAGCAACAACCGCAACAGCUGAUAUUACAACCACCACCUUAUAACCGUCGCCGCCCCGAGGACAUGGCUGUAGUGGCUGACGAAAGCGCAAUGACUAACACGCCCACUGAUCCUGGUACUCCUGGAGACUUUUAUUACUGGGAGUUCUUGUCCGAUGCAAACCUCCGCGCUUGGCAAUCCGAAGGUGCUGCCCGGGUUCAAGAUGCUCUGGGCAAGUCAAUUGUUAGUGAAGAUAUCGAUGAGGUUUGUAUCAUAUUACAGGAAUUUGUCAAGGCGACUCUUGAUGGGAGAAUUUCUAUUCAGGAUUCUUCCAAGUUUAUCACCGACAUCAUCCGCUUCUUCCCCAAGGGAAACUCGGAAAUCGACCUCCAAGAUUUGUUCCUUUCAACCGUUGCGAGUUUCGAGGAUUCCAAUGCUCUAAUCCCAGAAAAUCUACCGAAGCUUUUGAUGGCACUUUCUCCCUCCCCGUUCCCGACAGAGUUAUUCGCUUUGCAUUUAGAACCCUCCACUUUAUCGGCGCUGGGUCUGGUUACGUCUCAAUUUCCCAAAAAGGCCAUUAAAGUUACGACUAGUCUCAUCUACAAGCAGCGCAAACAUAACCUUCUCCGAGAAGAGAGCGAAGGCUACUCGAAGCUCAUCACCGAAUUUUUUACAGCCUCAUAUUCGCAAUUUCCUUUGGAGGUAGUUGGCCGGACUGGCGAGAGAGUAAAGGGGUUGGUGGGUGCUUUCGAAUUAGACCCUGCAAGGGUUUUAGAUGUGCUCCUCGACACCGCCGCUAGCACCGUUGUAUCGAACGCGCGUUUCUUCGUCAGAUUACUGAGAGAGAGUGCAUGGUGGCCAAAGAACCUUUCCUCUUCUUCCGAAGAUGAAUUCAGUAAUACUGGCAAGGGUCGGGAAGAACUGAAAGCUGAAAAAGAGCGGAAAAAGUUGAUUAUGGAUGGUGGAAAUAAGGUUGCUGCGCAAUUGCUCGGGUUCAAGUUCCGGUACUACCAGAGCGAUGACGCCUUAGAUAACUUGCCCGAGAAUUUGGUUGUACUCAGCGCUCUCCUUAUCAAGAUUGGCUUUGUUGAUUUGGCUGACCUUUACCCGCAUUUGUCUCCAGGGGGAGACGGGGAGAUGAUGGAGUUGCGGACGGCUUGGCUGAAAAGGAUGACGGAUGAGCUGAAGGUGGUGAAACCCAAUGCGCUAGCUUUGGCGGGCAGUCUCCAUGAUGACACAUUGCCGAAUCCGCCUCGGACAAAACUUCCUGCGCCCGCACCGGCAGAAGAGAAGAAGCCAGAGGAACCAAAACCAAAGGAGCCAGAAAAACGGGAAAACUGGAACCAGAAAGUCGCCCUUCUCAAGCAUCUCUUGGCUCUUGGUGCGCUCCCCGAGGCCAUGUUUAUCCUCGGAAAAUACCCUUUCCUCACCGGGCUCGAGAAGGACAUUGCAGAUGCUCUUUCAAGGGUCCUGAUCCGGUCCAUCGAGGCCGUAUACGCACCUUUGAAACCUCGGGAUUCAGAUAUGGGAAUUGCGAAGGUUGCAACACCUUUACCUGGGGGAGUGGUUGAGAUGAAGACCCCAUUGAAGCGGAAGCAAAUGGUUACAUUCACUGUUAGCAAUCUCAACUUGCGGGGCAUUGAUAUUGAUUAUCGGUUCUUCUGGGAGGACUGGAAAGAUGGGGUACCAACCUGUAGAGAUGCUACAGAUGUGGUGGUUCUAAUGGAAACUUUAGGAAAGCUUUUUGGUCUCAGGAUCGGGAGAGAUCCCAUGUUAAUGUCUAUGGUUUGUAGGAUUGGGCGGAGUGUAUUGGAAAACCCAAAUUGCACACAGGAGGAUAGGGACAGGUGGAUUAACCUUUCUAGGUCUAUUAUCGUACCCGCCGUCAGCUUCACGGAAGGAAACCAAGGUAUAGUGAACGAGGUGUGGGGAAUGAUCAAUUAUUUUCCAACGGAGACUAGAUAUUCGAUCUACGGUGAAUGGAUUUCCAAAGAAAAAAUGAGGAUCCCGGACCUCAAGUUAAAAACCUCUAAAACGGAAAAGGAAACUAAAGAUCUUUUGAAGAGGUUAUCCCUAAUUACUAUCAAGCCGAUUUCUCUCAGUCUUGCCAAGGUGGCAGUUAGCUCGCCAGUCACGGUCAUGCAGGUUCUUCUGAGCCAGGUUGAAACUUACGACAACCUGAUUGAGUGUGUUGUAGGCGGAGCAAAGUACUUCACGCCAUUGGCAUUUGAUGCGAUAGGGUUUUGUGUACUUUUUAGCAUGAGUACAGCUGGGAAGCAGAGUGUACAAGCAGAUGGGAUGCUAACUAGCCGAUGGCUCAAAUCACUUGGGCAAUUUUGUGGCCAGAUCUAUACCCGCUAUUACCGACAGAUGGACCCGGCACCAGUACUCGAAUAUAUUGCGCGACAACUAAAGCAGAAUACAUGGUCAGGGUUAGGAGUCCUGCAAGAGAUAAUUCAAUCAAUGACCGGAAUCGAUCCGGACAUAAAUUUGACCGACAGUCAACAUCGAGGCCUUGCCGGUGGGCCCUAUAUCCGUAGCCUUAUCCUCGGGCGGUUUCGUGACCCCAAGGCUGAAGAUUCUCCGCAUACAGUGAAGGCUCUUACUGAUACGUUGAUGAGAUCUGGACUCGCAAUACAACUUCUAAUUCUCAUAGCCCAGGCAAGGCAGAAUUGUCUCUACCAAAACCCUGAAGCGGUGCCGCUGAAGGUUCUUGGUAACUUGUUUGAUCAGGUUCAUGUGGUGUUUGGGCAAUACUCCGAGCUAUUGCAGACCUUGCCGGCGGAAGAGUAUGAAGGGAUGGUCCCUAGUGUGGGGCGGCUUUGUCGGGACUUUGGGUUGAAGCCAGAUAUUGCGUGGUGGAUUGCAAGGAGCGCUGUGAAUACAAAGAUGCAGCGGAUUCAGUCAACGGAUGGUCGUGAGGAUGUUAAUAUGGGAGGAACUCAGGACGGAGAUACCGCUAUCGCCGUGGAAAAAACACUGUGGAACCCCGUAUUGAAAAACAUUAUGGAUGAACUCCGACCGGUCUUACCCACCUCUGAGUGGCCUGGCUCCUUGGCCUUCUAUGUUACAUUCUGGCACCUGUCACUCUAUGAUGUCUAUGUCCCUAUGGCUACUUAUAAGAAUGCUAGCGCUAGUAUUCAGGACGAAAUUGCGGCCCUACCGGACAAGAGAUCGCCACGCAGCUACGAGCUUUUGGGGUCCACUACCAAGUUGAGUGAGGAAGUUAAAACGCACAUAUGCCAUAAUGGUUUAGUCAAGAAACGGCUUCAGCUCGAAAAGGAUCACUGGUUUAACGACUUCUCUGAUCCGCGGGAGGUUACCAACGCUAUAGUUCAGUAUUGCCUAAUGCCCCGGAUUGUUUUAAGCCCCAACGACGCCAUAUUUUGCUCGAAGCUUAUCAAAGAGUUACACAAACUGGUGCCCCCGAAAUUUCACACCGUUGGAAUCUUUGAUGCCAUAUUCGGUAAACAUAUGGGGAAGACCAUAUUUACCUGCACCCAACAAGAAGCCGAAAAUCUAGGCAAGUUUCUGAAGGAGGUGCUAUCGGAUCUUCAUGCAUGGCACGCAGAUAAGGCACACUACGAACGAGAAGCCCAUAAUAACGGGAAGAAUCUGAAUGGUUUCGCUUUUCGAGGCGCUCCAAUGGAUUGGGAAGAUUUCCGAAAGCUUCUUUAUAAGUGGCAUAAAACCAUUCAUAGUGCUAUCAAGAAUUGUCUCUGUUCUAAGGAGUAUAUGCAUAUCCGGAACACUGUUAUUGUUCUAAAGCAUAUCUAUAAUUUUUUUCCUUCUGUGGAUUGGAUCGGUCGCACAGUGCUUGAAAAGGUAGAGGAGCUCGGAAAGCAUGAGAAGAGGGAGGACCUAAAAAUUGCGUCCGCGACACUUUUAGGGCUUCUCAAGCACAGAGAGAAGGAUUGGGUGCUCGUCGCGGCAUUUCAAAAGGGAUCCUUGACCGAAGCACUGACACCAGUGGUUUCGGGAAGUAAGCAACCCAGCCCAGCACCCACGUCCACUCCGACGCCCACCCAGCAACCGCCCACAGAUGCCAAUAAUACUUCAUCGCAACUUAACACCGCUUCCUUGACCAAUCUUACUAAUGGCCCUCCUGCGCUUACUACCAAUAAUGCUCUACCAUCCAAACCUGACGCGGAGAAGGAAGAUGGGGAAAUCGAUGACAACAAAGGGAGCAAGGAGAUUAAACGCCUUCCAAACCUUCCCCAGCGACCUGCUGUACCCCCACCCCCGCUACGACGUCAACCCUCUAGGGAUCCACCCAGGCUCCAACAAAGUCAACAAUCUAAUGAGCCUUCAAGAGCGGGAACACCAAGAAGGGACGAGCCACUGAAUCCCCGGCCUAAUCAGGAUAUGUCGCGAAAUCUAAACCAGGUCAAUAGGGGACCCCCCCCACCCCAACCUAAUAGACCAUUGCCCCAACACCAACUACCGGACAGACCUCCGGUUCAGCAACCUCACGAUAGGGCCAGGGAUAUGAGAGAUUCUCCGCGGUCUGUAGAAGUUCGGGGUACAGCUGGUAGGCCUAUAGCCGAGCGGCUGCCAGACAGACCAUCAGAUCGAUUGGGGGACAGGCGCCCUCCCUCUCCCAGAAGAGAGGGCAGAGACCAGCACCGACGCGAAAGCGAUAGAGGAAGGGCGAGAGAAGACAACUUUCAAAGACCAGCACUGCCUCUUAGAAAUGAUGAUCGAGUUCCGAGGACUGGGGAGAGGAAGGAUUCAGAUAUCCGGAUGGAACCAUUGCCCAAUAGAUCCGCUCAGCAGCCUCAGCCAAAUCCUGUCAGAACAGAUCCCAGAAGCCAAUCAUCAGAUGUCGACAGGAGAAGACCAGAUAGGACUGACGAUCGAUCCCGUCGACACGACCGCUCUGAUUUACAGGCUCACCAGAUGGAGAUUGAUCGUCCCGAUCCCGAUCGCAGGGCAUUAGAUCGGAGGGCUUCUGAUCAAAACCUCCCUAGGCAGCAAGCACCCCAGGAGGAUGUCCACUCUCAACGGCCGCCUGCUGCUCCACGUGCAGAUGUUGAACGUGAGAGGGAAAGAAGGAACCGCCAAGAGGGUCCGUCAACCCCGAAGGAACGUGACCUGCUGACUGGAGCCCCACCAAGAGGGCCGUCAGGCCCAUCGCUCAGCGAUUUCCGUGAAACUCGACACGCUCCACCAGUUACGCACCAGGACCCCAAUCAUGGGAGGCUUAAUCCACCUGAUAUCAUACCCAAGGGCCCACGAGAGCAGCGUGGCGCACCAAUGGGGCCCAGAGGCAAUAUGAAUAGGGUUGCGUCCUCACCGGCUCUGACCACCGCCACUACUGGGACACAGCGAAUUCCACCAAAUAACCCGCCUGGUGUGCCAACUCCGUUGCCAUCUCCAGGUCUGGAAAAUAAGCCACCGCCUCUUGUGGUUUCGGCGGACAACAAAACUGAAACCCAAAAACCUACAGACAACACAGUAGCUUCAACUAAUGGAAGUGAUACUGCUGGAAUGCACCCAGAUAGAUUAAGAAAUGUUGUCCAAAAUCCCCAGUCACCACCACCACCACCACAACUGCGACCGCAAUCCCCGGUUACUCAAUCCCAACCUCCGCAACAGUCUCCAUCCAUUCACCCAAGUCGCCGACCAACCAUCCAAGGAGCAUCGACCUCGUUAACUUCCACUGCAGCUCCUGGUCCACCUUCAGGGCCCCGCGCGAAUCCCAUUCCUGGCGUCGUUUCUCCGGCUGCCCCAUCGCCCACCACGUCAAAUCCACCACCGCCAGUCAAGCAAGGCUCGCCGCCUACAGGACCUUCUAGGGGUGAUAGAGGCGAUGAUGCCCAUCACCAGCGGCGCCGCAUGAUAACUAUGCAGAAUAUCAUUGGUCAGGCGUCCGUGGGGGGUGAUGCUACGCAGGGCAGCUCCAUCAAGGGUAGAGCAUCGAGGCGUGUUGGGGGUACAAGCGGCACCCCUGGGCGGGAUAAUGGCAGAAACGCUUUGCCGAUAACUACUAGUGACACUACUCGACGAGGUGGUAAUGGCAAUGGUUCUCAGGGCGAUUCUGCCCGCAGAGGCAGUCUCGCUGGGCCUGAACCAGGUAGACCAACCUCAGUUUCAGGAGGAUCCGCUGAAGAUCGAGAUCGGGAACGUGAUAGGGACAGACCGGCCUCAGAUCAUGGAAGUCGCAGUGGUCGCCAUGGACGGGAUAGGGGAGACAGGGAGCGUGAACGAGACAGAGGGGAUAGAGAUAGGGAUAGAGAGCGCGAGAGAGAUCGGGUUCUACGCGACGGAGACCGGGAACGUGAGCGAGAGCGUGAACGUCAGAACGAACGGGACCGUGACCGUGAGCGAGUCGGAAUGGACCGCGAUAGAGGGCUAGAUCGUGACCGCGGGCAGCAAGAAAGAGACCGCGAUCGUGAAACCCGAGAUCCAAGGGAACGUGAUCGCCAUCUUACUGAGCGCGAGCGUGAGCGCGACCGGGACAGAGAAUCACGCAGGGGAAGCGGUGUGGCUGCCGCAAUUGGCGGAAGUAGCAGUGGCAGGGAUAGAGAUAGAGAUAGAGACCGCGAUAAGGAGCGCGAAAGGCGCGAUGGGAGGGAUAGGGAGAGAAAACACGGCCGCGAGAAUGACAACGGGAGGAAGGAUGAGUCCAAGAGACGCAGAAGGGGCGAGCAAGGCGGAGGGGGUGGUGGAUGGUAAUGGAAGCUAUCUAAAUAGCUGAGGCGUUUUUACUUAUCAUGUCUUUUCUUUUCCUUUUUUCUCCUAUCUUAUUCCAUGUUCUACUCAUUACCACCUGUUUCCUGUACCGGUAUAAUCUCGGACUCAAAUGACGGUUAUCGUUAAACCUGGGAUAUCUCGGUGGGCCUUCGAAACUGUAUAUAUAUAUAAAACUUCUGUGCCCUCCCUUAGGGCUAUUGAAAAAUGAUUUUUUUUCUUCUCGUUAUAUUUCCCCUUCAAUCGAUCAAUGCGCCACAUUCUGUCUUGUCAUUGGGGUAUGAAAGGAGGGCAGGACUUGCAUGGCAUUU